AUGAACCCAGGGGCCAGGAUACCAAAGAUGAUCCCAAGGCUCCCCCUUCCAGCCUCCGUCCUUCCCUUAUCCACCACCCGCCUCCCCCUGCACCCGCCUCCGCUCCUCUCCCGUGACUCUCCUUCCGCUUUAUCCGCCUCCGCGCGCCGUUUCCCCUCCCCCGCGUCUCCGCCGUACGGGGCAGCGCGGGUGCGGAGAGUCACCGCGGCCUCCGCAGCCGCGGAUGGGUCCGACGGCGCGCCGGCAGUAGCUGUCGCUGCGGACGAGGCGGAGAGCGUUAGCGCUGGCGGCGCUGGCGGCGGUGUGACCGCAGAGGGGGUUGCUAAAGCGAGAGGCGGGAAGAAGGGUGCGCGGAAGGGGGGUAAUGGCGCAGCGUCUGGCGCGGCUGAUGGUUCUGAAGGGGAGAGCGCGGGGGAGGAUGCUGUGGAGGUGGAGCUGCCACGUGAGCCGCUUCCGACCAAUGAGAGCUCGGAGAAGCUGCUGCGGAUCAGACACACGUCCGCCCAUGUGAUGGCGAUGGCGGUGCAGCGCCUGUUCCCCAAGGCGCAGGUGACGAUCGGGCCGUGGAUUCAGAACGGCUUCUAUUACGACUUUGACCUCGACGAACCUCUCACUGACAAGGACCUCAAGAAGAUCAAGAAGGAGAUGGACAAGAUCAUCUUCAAGAACCUUCCCUUGCGCCGCGAGGAGGUGUCACGGGAGGAGGCAGCGCGGCGCAUCAAGGAGAUCAACGAGCCGUACAAGCUGGAGCUGCUGGACAGCAUCAAGACUGAGCCGAUUACCAUCUACCACAUCGGGGACGAGUGGUGGGAUCUAUGCGCCGGGCCUCACGUUGAAAGCACGGGCAAGCUCCCCCGCAGGGCGAUAGAGCUGCAGUCAGUGGCAGGGGCGUACUGGCGGGGGGAUGAGACGAGGGCCAUGCUGCAGCGCAUCUACGGCACGGCGUGGGAGAGCGAGGCGCAGCUGCUGCAGUACCGGCAGCAGGUGGAGGAGGCCAAGCGGCGAGACCACCGCCGGCUGGGGAAGGAGCUGGGGCUGUUCUCCAUUCAGGAGGACGCGGGUGGAGGGUUGGUGUUCUGGCACCCGAGGGGGGCGAGAGUGAGGGCGAUGAUAGAGGAGCACUGGAGGCAGGAGCAUCUGAGGCGGGGGUACGAGCUGCUGUACACGCCGCACAUGGCCAAGCUGGACCUCUGGAAGACCAGCGGGCACUACGAGUUCUACCGGGAAAACAUGUUUGACCAGAUGGAGGUGGAGGAGGAGCAUUAUCAGAUCCGCCCCAUGAACUGCCCCUUCCACAUCAUGCUCUACAACGACUCGCUGCACUCCUACCGCGACCUGCCUAUAAGGUGGGCGGAGUUGGGCACAGUGUACCGCUAUGAGCGUUCGGGCACGAUGCACGGGCUCUUCCGCGUGCGUGGAUUCACCCAGGACGACGCACACAUCUUCUGUCUGCCCUCCCAAAUCAGGGACGAGAUCCGUGGGGUGCUGGACCUCACAGAGGCCAUGCUGACGGACUUUGGCUUCCAGCAGCUGGAAAUCAACCUCUCCACACGCCCGGAGAAAUCUGUUGGGGAUGAUGCCAUCUGGGAGCAGGCCACUCAGGCGCUGAGGGAGGCGCUGCAAGACAAGGGGUGGGAUUACACCGUGGACGAGGGUGGAGGAGCGUUCUACGGGCCCAAGAUAGACGUGAAGAUCAUGGAUGCCAUUGGCAGGAAGUGGCAGUGCUCCACCAUUCAGGUGGACUUCAACCUGCCACACCGGUUCAACAUGGUCUAUGUGGAUGCGGACGGCACUCGCCGCCCGCCCAUCAUGAUUCACCGCGCCAUCUUUGGGUCUUUGGAGCGGUUCUUUGGCAUCCUCAUUGAGAACUACGCGGGCGACUUCCCCCUCUGGUUUGCGCCCACUCAGCUGCGCUUGCUGCCAGUCACAGACUCCGAGGUGCCCUUCUGCAAGGAAGUGGUGGCCACCUUAUUGGAACGGGGCAUUCGUGCUGAGGUGGCGAGUGGCGAGAGGCUGGGCAAGCUGAUUCGCAAUGCGGAGACUCAGAAGAUUCCGGUGAUGGCUGUGGUUGGCCCCCGGGAGGUGGAGUCUCGGAGUCUCAAUGUGCGUACGAGGAAGGGUGCCGAGCUGGGAGUCCUUUCUGUGGACGAAGUGGCGAGAAAGAUUGAAGAAGCAGCCGUGGCGAUUUACGGCGUUAUUGUCGCCAUCAUUCUGCAAACGAAGUUGGAAUCCGUCAGCAAGGCGAGAUUGCACUCGCCUGAAGCGCUCCGCUCUGGUUACGCCAUCUUCAACUCCGGCAUCAUCGUGGGUCUCGCGAACCUUUUUUGUGGGUUGUGUGUGGGCAUUAUCGGCAGCAGCUGUGCUUUCAACAUGGGCUUGAAACGUCUCCUCCACGCUCUUCAGGUUUCGUUGUACCAUCAGUUGUGGGGCCAACUGAUACCGUAA